AUGCUGUCAGAAAGAAAAGAGGGAAGGCUACCCAGCAACACAGAAAAGAAUCCCAGAGAGCAUGUGAACGCCAUAGCCUUAAGAAGCGGGAAUACAAUCGACGAAGCCCAAGAAGAUGACAAGGAAGCUGAAUCGGCUAAUCUGCAAAAGGAGAUUGAGGGAAGUACCCCAAAACUGAAUUUACAUGAAAUUAAACUUCCUAUUCCCUACCCAAGAAGAGUCUUGAAGGCUAAAUUAGAUAAGCAAUUUGAAAAAUUUUUGGAAGUGUUUAAAAAGCUUCAUAUUAACCUUCCUCUUCUUGAUGUAUUAUCACAGAUGCCCAAGUAUGCCAAAUUUCUGAAGGAAGUGAUGUCCAAUGAAAGAAAAUGGGAGGAUUGCGAGAUGGUAAAGCUAAACAAAGAAUGUUCAGCCAUUCGUCAAAAUAAGCUACCCCCAAAACUGAAGGAUCCAGGGAGUUUCUCUAUACCUUGCACCAAAGGGAAUGCUGAAUUCGAUAAAGCCUUAUAUGAUCUUGGUGCUAGUAUAAAUUUAAUGCCCUACUCUAUUUUUAAGAGACUUGGAUUACAUGAACUAACAUCUACCACCAUUACCCUACAACUGGCCGAUCGAAGCAUUAAAUACCCUAGGGGAAUAGUGGAAGAUGUCUUAGUUAAAGUAGGGAAUUUCAUCAUCCCUACUGAUUUCAUUGUGUUGGAUAUGGAGGAGGACAGAUCGAUGCCAUUAAUUCUAGGGAGACCCUUUCUUGCUACUGGUAAUGCCUUAAUUGAUGUACAAAAGGGUCAACUUACUCUUAGGAUUAAUGUAGAAGAAAUGAUAUUUAACGUUUUCCAAACCCUGAAGUAUCCUAACACGAAAGAACAUGAAAUAUAUGUAAUGGAGGACGAAGUAGAGGAGGCAAUGAAUUAUUUAGAGGCUGGCCAAGAAAUGUCUCUAGGAGGAAAAGCUUGUGAGGAUGCUCAAGCAACACAUACCAGCCAUAGGAUGGAGCAUCGCAGACAUAAAGGGGAUCCGCCCGUUG